GUAAAAUAACACAAUUACAUCUUUUCUCCCAUUAGUAAAGAAAAAAACAAAAUUGUGUAAUAUAAUUUUUCUCUCCUCAUAACAUCCAAUUGUUUUCCUCAUGAUAGACCUUUUUUAUCUUGUGCAUGACGUCUGUUUUCUUCAGAGCAUUCACGUGUGUAUUCUGCAAAUGCAAAAGCUAACGGUGGUCAUCUGAAUCAACUGCAGCUCAAGCCGGACGUGAGCGAGCCAGUGGAGUUGGAGGAUCGCAAGGCUUUUGUGGACCUCCUCAAGUGUCUUCUCCAGAUGGACCCCAAACGCAGGAUCACCCCCGAGGCUGCGCUCAAACACCCCUUUCUCACCAUGACCCACUUGCGCGACCACAAGACCAGCAGCUUGUAUGUGACUGACAGCUUUGAUAAAAUGAAGUUCUGUCCAGCCAGCAACUUCCAGAAGGAGGACCUAGGUCUAACAGUCAAGCCAAGGAACUGGCGUCAAAGGUUCUGUCGUUUCCUCGGCACCAAAAGGACAGACAAUUCAGUUCCUCCACCUAGUUCUGAUCCUAGAGAUGAUGAGCCUCCUGGUCAGGGUCCGGAUGCCAAGUCGAAGGCCUGGUGGCAGAAUUGCUUUCAAUUCUGCACGACCAACAGGAGGCCCGAUCCACUUCCACCUAGUGUAGGUCCUCCUGGACGAGGUCCGAAGGUCCAGUCAGCGAAGACCUGGUGGAUAAAAAUCUGUCUCUUCUUCCGAAUGAACCGAAUCGUUCCACAACCGGACCACAUUCCCCUUCAUCAAGGCAGCCACCCCGUAAAGGACCCGGACCAGGUUCUUCAUUCUGGACCUGACAAGUUGCCGCAAGAUGACCAUGAUGGGUCAUCUGCGGUUCAUGACCAUGGGUCGUCACGACUUAACCAAUCAACACAAAUGAAAGACUUGUCACAAGUUAAUGAGAACCAGUUCUCCCGGGUUAACCAGUCGUCGCCAGUUAAUGACCGAUCAUCACAAGCUAACGAUGACCUAUCGUCACAAGUUAACGACGAGUCCUCAGGAGUCAAUAACGACCCGUCAUCGCGAGUUAACAAUGACAAAAGAUCACGAGUUCAUGAUGGGUUGCCACGAGUUAAAAAUGACAAAUCAUCACGAGUUAACCAGUCAUCCCGACCGAACGACAGAUCGGCACGAGUUGCCAAGAUGACACAAGCUCAUGUGCCAUCACAAGUUAACAAGUCACGCGUGAAACACAACAACACGUCACUGGUUAACAAGCCGUUGCGAGUUACAAAUGAUGAGUGGUCACGCGUUAACAAGUUACUGCGAGUUAAAAAUGAUGAGUUGUCACAAGUUAAGGCGUCGCGACUUAAAACUGAUGAGUCAUCGCGGGUUUACGCGUCCCAAGUUAAAAAUGAGUCAUCUCGAGUUAAAAAUGACAAGUCGUCGCGAGUUAAAAAUGAGCCGUCACGGGUUAACAAAUUGCGAGUUAAAAAUGACGAGUCGUCACCGGUUUACAGGUCGCGAGUGAAAAAGGACAAAGUUGACUUGGAAAGAGCGCCGGUGGGCCGAGCGACGCGUAGAACCCGCAGCAACAUGACCUUCGACCUCAACUACCUCAACUAUCUGGCCUCAAGUGUCAAUCAACACAAGACCAAAAAGAUGGUGUAAUAGGUGUCAAUCAAUUGACUGACAAGAUGAUGCGUUUACCUUUGAACCCUAAACCCGGCUACCUCAUCUUUAAGCUGCGCACGUGAUGCGACGCAAAAGAGAAACGAGCGUCACAAUGUGACGAAAAGGUUCUACAAAAAAUCCGGGACGUCCCAGAACACCAGUGUUUCUCUGCAUUCUUUCUCAUGUAAGCACUUUAAGCCACAACACAACGUUUACUUUCUUCAAAUGUUGCCUCCUUUGACUUCAUUUGAACCUUCUAGUCACCCUACAACGGUUCUAUAAUGUUCUGUAAUUUUACACAGGUUCUAUACUUAUUAGUUUUUUUUAUUUCUUUACAUGAACAUAUAUAUAUAUAUUGUUUAUUUUCCUUUGUUUAACCAGGUAAGGCAUUUGAGAACAGUUUCUCCUUCACAAUGCCGACCUCCAGGCAAUUUAGGGUUCAGUGCCUUGCUCAAGGACAGUCGGAGCCGGGAUUUGGUCAGUGGCUGACCCGCUCUACCGACUGAGCCGCAGCCGCCCUAAUUACAAUCGGUCCAGGCAGGGUUUAAUGGUCGAUGUUUACAUGUAUUUCGUACAGCGAUCUACGCAUUCGGGCCAUAUUCUCCUGUUCAUGCAGAAGUCUUUUUUUACGUUACCUGGCUUGCGCACCUUCAAAGUCGGCAGGCGCAUUAUCUAAGGACUUGGUUCUGACACACCCACCUUCAGAAGCGUCUCCCAUUUGUGCACAAGCACUUGGGCAUUGAGCGGUCCCGGUACCGAUUCCGGUUUCUCAUUUCGAUUCUGGUUCCAAACGAUUCUUUUGAGGGGGUUGCAUCCAAAAGGUUUGCAUGGUUUAAAAUAAAGGGUGCACAAAUAUGAAACCUCUGA